GACGGGCAGUGAUUGGUGAAACGUGGAGGAAGGUGUCGUCACGGUGUGAGGUUCCCGGAAGUGGCGUGUGGAAGAGAGCAGUGAGACAGGAGAGUGAGCGGGGGCUGUGCUCAGCUGACUGGCAGCAGAUAGGGCGCUCUCAUCUUUCCAGGCUGUGUGUGACUGCUGUGUGACCGGGACAAUCUCUCCUACAGCUGCCGUCACACCUACACUGCUUCCCUGCCGGCAAACAUGACAACCCGCUCAGAGAGGGAGAAGGCCCAGAAGCUGAAUGAGCAGCACCAGGCCAUCCUGUCUCGCAUGCUGAGGGAGGAGGACAACAAGUACUGCGCUGACUGCGAGGCCAAGGGUCCAAGAUGGGCUUCAUGGAAUUUAGGAGUAUUUAUGUGCAUCAGAUGUGCUGGAAUCCAUCGAAACCUUGGUGUUCAUAUAUCAAGAGUUAAAUCUGUGAACCUGGACCAAUGGACCCCAGAACAGAUUCAGUGUAUGCAGGACAUGGGAAACACAAAGGCAAGACUACUGUAUGAAGCUAAUCUUCCUGAAAACUUUAGAAGACCUCAAACGGACCAAUCUGUGGAGUUCUUCAUCAGGGAUAAAUAUGAAAGGAAGAAAUAUUAUGACAAGAAUGCUGCAACCACUCUCACUACGUCCUCUUCUGAUCCUGUUCAGCCUUCGGCAUCCUCUCCUUCUCUGCAAGCUGCUGCUGAUAAAAGCAAAUUGGAGAAAGAAAAGGAAAAGAAAAGGGAAGAGAAGAAAAAGGAGAGAGAGCCUGAAAAACAGGUGAAAUCUGCCGGUGUGGAGAAGCCCUGUGACGCAAUGCUGAAGGUUGUAAGCAAGGAUUAUGUUGUAAAAGUGGAACUGAUGACUGAAAGGCGGGUGCUCUAA